GUCAGUGCCUCACCAUGGACUCCCUUCGCGCUGAGGCCGACGCCUUGGAAGCCGAGAUCAAGGCCUUGAGGCGGGCGUGCGUGGAGCUACCGGCGCCGGGUGAAGACACCUCACCAGUCCGAAGUUCCGGGGCCAGGGAUGGAACCGGAAUCUCAGUUGUGACCUGCACCACAGCUGCGGCAAUGCCUGAUCCUUAGCCAGCUGUCCUGCAAGCAAACUUCCUUCUUUUUUUAGUCAAUUCCAAUUUGACAUAGAAGCAGAGAUAAUGAGAUUUUCCUCAACUAACUGGACAAGAAUUGGUAGAAAUUGAGAAGUUCUAAAGAAAAAUGUUUGAGUGCCUGUUGGAUGGGCUCAUGAAGACAAUCAUUUCAAGAUAUAUACCAAUCAGAUUCUGAAGGAUGGGAGUCAUUGAAAGAUCUGAGAAGUCAUCUUGGACAUGUAGAAUCAGAACUUCAAUUUCUAAGUUCGCUUACUGGCAUCAGCAUAAGAAAUUAUUCCAAGAAGAUGGAGGACCUAACAAGCACUGAAAUGACAGAAAAGAGAUAUUUAUUUUUUGAUUUACAGAUAUAAAGAAAGUUCUACAGAGACACAGAUUAUCAGGAAGUUGCCACAUGAUUACAUUUCAACUUGAAUUUCAGAUUCUGGAAAUCCAGAAUAAGGAGAAUUUAUCUUCUGUUAUUACUGACCUCAGCAUAAUAAUGGAGCCCACCGAAUAUUCAGAAUUAAGUGAAUUUGUAUCUAGAACAGAAGAAAGAAGAGAUCUGUUUAUGUUUUUCCGAAGCCUACACUUCUUUGUGGAGUGGUGUGAAUAUCGCAAGCGCACAUUUAAACAUUUCAAGGAAAAGUACCCAGAGACUGUGCACCUUGCCAAGGGAGCCUCCUCCAGCUACAUGGGGAUCAGGAGCCACAGCCGACCAGAGUUUGAACUGGUAAUUGUUUGGAGGAUACAAAUAGAUGAAGAAGGGAAGGUUUUGCCGAGGCUGGAUCUUCUCACCAAGGCGCCGCUGUCAGCCCUGGAACUGGACAAGAACAGAGUCAUAGAAACUGCUCCUCUCAGCUUCCGAACCCUGCUGGGUGUGCUGGGCAUUGAAGCCACUCUAGAAAGCCUGAUAAAAUCACUUUGCACAGAGGAACAAGUUCCCACACAGUGAACAACUACACAGGAGUAAGAUGCUGUACCUAGAGGUGUGUGAUUUUAUUGAGUAUAAACAUUUGCUCUUUUCCACUUGGAAACCUUACCUUUAGAACAUGUUUAUGCAGUUAUGGCACAUUAUAUAUAAGUUGUCAGGACAUGAAAAAUAAAUAGUUAUUUAAAUUUAAAAUACCAAACAAGUGACAUAUCUAGUGUAUUUUUAAAAGUAAACCUAGCAUUUGCGGAAGCACAGAGGUGGUCAUCCAUCUUGGGAGGUGGGAAGCUGCCCCUGCCUUGGGAUGAACCCCAUCUCGAAGCUCAGCCCCCCUCCUGUCACCCACCUUAGAGGCUUCUUGCCAGUGCAGCCUCAUUUCUUAGACAUUCCUCAGACACCCCAGGGGAGCCACACCCCUCUCCUCGCCUCCCAGCUCUGGAAAGCAGCAUUUGGGAGGCAUGCACAGCACUCUCAGCAGCAAGUCCUCUGACAGCCACCCUUCUUGGUCUUCCACAAAAAAAAAAAAAAAAAUAGUGUUUAGCUUAAAAAAUGCAGCAGAACAGCAAAUACGCCAUUGUCUCUUCACACGGGACCUUAACACCCCCAUCCCUCUGCAAAGAGGGUGUCUUUAUUAAAGUCCCCCAGGGUCUGAGUGCUACACUGACCUCAGUUGCCAGCUGAAAUCAGAAGGGCUGAAAACAGUGUUUCCAUCGAGUGAAGCCUCAGGGACGGGGCAAGGCGGAGUGUGAGGACAGCAGAGCUUUGGGCCAAGACCCUCUAGCACCAGUGCUCAUCCCUCACCUCUUCCCUCCAGGCAGAGGGUGCUUGUUUUCAGACCAGCCGGUCCAGCCAGGACAGGCUACAGGGGGCUGCCCAGCCUACCUCUGUGAAGCCGGGGCUCCAGAACUCAACAUGCAGGGACUUGGAGGUCCUUUGGGCACCCUGGGGCUGGGUAAGACCCUCCUGCCCCCAGGCCAGCAAAAAGGAAGAGCCUCGGGCCAGAGCGGCUCUGGCAGCUGCCCCUCCACAAUGAGCACGCAGCUCCACACACACCCCUGAGGCAGGACUCUACAAAGCCCCCGCACACCCACACACCACAUGAAUGAGAGACUGGGCCACAUGAAUAUCUUUGUCAACCUCCAAGUGUAGAAGGAAGAAGUACAUGGUAGGACAGAGUUGAAGAAUAAAUUCUAGAAGAGCUGGCUUGAUUCAAAUAAGCGUAAUUCUCAAUUUAUCACAAAAUUCUCCACAAAAAUUUACAAUCAGCAAAAUAGUCUCAUUUUUUUGUGUAGUAUUUUCAUACAAUUCCAUAGUUUCACUAAUAAUAUUAUAUCACAAUAAGCCUUCAUUAGUCCCUCAAAACGAUGAUAUAAA